AUGUUCAUCGCAGUCGUAGGCACGCGGUUCUCUGGCAAAUCCACCAUUCAGGACUACCUUAUACUCAAAGGGUUCACUCCAAUAACACUGGGAAGUUUCAAACGCAAGCCGCUGCAUUUCUCUUCGCUGUCGGAGCUGUUGGAUUAUACUACCCUCAAUUGGAAUUCUCAUUUCGUCACGGUCGACCUGAAUGUUGCAGAUGCUGUGGAGAGGUUUGUGAAGCGCCCAUGGUUCAUGUUGGUCAGUGUCGACGCGCCUUUGCUUGUGAGAUACCGGAGGUCGUACGAAAGUAAAUUUGUGACGUUGAGGGUCAUUAAUCACUUCGACUCUGUGCAAGCUCUACAUUCAUAUCUAGACGAUUUGGAUCUUCUGAAUCCAGACCGCUUGAGGCCAAGCUGGGAUACAUACUUCAUGACACUUGCAUCGCUGGCAUCAAUGAGGUCCAAUUGUAUGAAGCGUCGUGUGGGCGCUAUCCUUGUCAAGAAUAACCGUAUAGUUGCUACAGGAUACAACGGAACGCCGCGCGGUCUCAAGAAUUGCAAUGAAGGAGGUUGUGCGCGCUGCAAUGGUACUUCCACGCUCAAAGAAGAUUGCCUGUGCCUACAUGCCGAAGAAAACGCGCUGCUAGAAGCAGGCAGAGAUAGGAUUGGCGACGGCGCUGUCCUAUAUUGUAACACUUGCCCAUGCCUAACGUGUACAGUCAAGAUUGUACAAACCGGUGUCAAAGAGGUGGUUUAUAGCUUUAGCUACAAAGUGGACGAAGCUUCAGCUAAAAUAUUCAAGGAAGCGGGCGUCCAACUUCGACGACAUGCACCUCCUUGA